AUGGCGAAACUCAUCACGAAACAAGAACUCUCAUCCCUUCUUCAAACCAAUCCUUCCCAUGUGGUGUUGUUAGACGUCCGAGAACCAAGCGAGUAUACAUCAUCGGAUUUACCAGCAAUUCAUUCUUCAGCCCACAAUAUUCCAAUUAAUACUUUGAAAGAAGCUUUUCAUUUGAAUGAUACCGAAUUUAAGAACAAGUAUGGAUUUGAAAAGCCCAAGCCCACGGAUUCCAUUGUAUGUUAUUGUAAGCUCGGAGGAAGAGCACAGAAAGCCACGGAUACUCUAGCCGAACUUGGUUAUGAAAACGUCCGAUGCUUUAAAGGAAGUGCAAGUGAAUGGUGGUCAAAUUAG